GAGAACCUGAGACAGCAAGUGAGCGUGCCAGCUCAGAAGCCCAAGCACCAUGCAGGGGUCCACCGCUGCCCUCGCCCUCGUGCUGGCCACCGCAGCCCUGUGCGCACCUGCGUCCGCCUCCCCACAUGCCUCGGACACCACGCCCUGCUGCUUCUCCUACAUCGGCCGCUCCGUGCCACGGGCCCACAUCCAGGAAUAUUUCUACACCAGCAGCAAGUGCUCCAUGCCGGCAGUCGUUUUUAUCACACGAAAGAAACGCCAGGUGUGUGCCAACCCAGAGGACAGAUGGGUGCGGAAGUACAUCAACUCUAUGGAGAUGAACUAGGACAAAGGACACCUGGAACCUGAACUUGGAUGCACCCUUCCAUUGCUUCUUUCUCCUGAAGAGUCUGAGAGGCUUCUCCUGCAGCAGCAGCAGCAACCACCACCACUACCCCAUCAGCAAUACUUCCUCCUGUUGGACACAGCUUCCACCCUAAACAGCAGCUAGGAAACCCUCUAGCAGCACCCCAUGCUCUGCCUGAAGCAGUAAGGCCCUGGCUCCAGGCCCUCUACAUGGCCUAGACCCUGCCCUCAGCAUACCUUUUGCCUCUUGAGGCAAAGGAGAGAAAACUGGGCCAUUAUAUUAAAGCAAUAAAACCAAAGCUCUCACUGAGAUCCCUCGCUGGUCGGGGCUGA